AUGGGCUAAAGUACGCCUGACGACCUCGCAUCCACCGCUCUGCUAACAUCAGCCAAGGUGUACAGUGCGAACCUACGCCUAAGCGGCGCCAUAAGUUUUCUCUCAAACCGCGACGAUUGGAGAAAAUCUUUUAUAUCCCUCGAUUCUAUCUUGUUUUUCUUUUUCAUCUUCCAUCCUCUGGGAGCCCUAGAAUUCGAGGGUAGAAGUUCUUCCUUCUUCUCCAUUCAACACCAAGGUAAGGGUUUUCUAUAGAAUGACUUCUGUAUCCAGUCAGCCGCAGUUCCGGUACACCCAACCACCAUCCAAGGUACUUCACUUGAGAAACUUGCCUUGGGAGUGCACAGAGGAGGAAUUGAUCGAAUUAGGGAAGCCUUUUGGUAAAGUUGUCAACACAAAAUGCAAUGUUGGGGCAAACCGAAAUCAAGCUUUUAUUGAAUUUGCGGAUUUGAAUCAAGCUAUUGCAAUGAUAUCCUAUUACGCUUCGUCCUCAGAACCAGCUCAAGUACGGGGGAAGACCGUGUAUUUGCAAUACUCCAAUAGACAAGAAAUAGUGAACAAUAAAACUACAGCAGAUGUUGCUGGAAAUGUAUUACUGGUAACAAUUGAGGGUUCUGAUGCUCGUCUUGUCAGCAUUGAUGUUUUACACUUGGUCUUUUCAGCUUUUGGAUUUGUUCAUAAGAUUACGACCUUUGAGAAGACAGCUGGAUUCCAGGCAUUGGUGCAAUUUUCUGAUUCUGUAACUGCUUCUUCUGCAAAAAAUGCCCUGGAUGGACGAAUCAUCCCUAGGUACCUGCUUCCGGAGCACUUGGGACCAUGUACCCUUAGAAUAACUUUUUCUGCUCACACAGAUUUGAGUGUGAAAUUCCAGAGCCACCGUAGCAGGGAUUACACUAAUCCAUACCUUCCUGUUGCGCCAUCAGCUAUAGAUGCAAGUGGUCAGUUUGGUGUGGGCAUUGAUGGGAAAAGGCUAGAAGCUGAGAGUAACGUUGUUCUUGCAUCUAUUGAGAACAUGCAGUAUGCUGUCACGUUGGAUGUUUUACAUAUGGUAUUUUCUGCUUUUGGACCUGUCCAGAAGAUUGCUAUGUUUGAUAAGAAUGGAGGAGUUCAAGCUUUGAUUCAGUAUCCUGACGUUCAGACAGCUGUUGUUGCUAAGGAAGCUUUAGAAGGACACUGCAUCUAUGAUGGAGGGUUUUGCAAGCUUCACAUCUCAUAUUCACGUCAUACUGAUCUCAGUAUAAGGGUGAACAAUGAUCGGAGCAGAGAUUAUACAAUCCCAAACACUCCCAUGUUGAAUUCCCAACCCUCUAUUCUGGGGCAACAGCCAGUUCCCGUGGCCGGUCCAUCUACCCAGCAAUACAAUGGGACGCAGUUUGCUCCAGCACCCGAUGGUCCUGUGGCACAUCAGCCUUCAGCAGGAUGGGGCUCGGCUGUGUCAGGGGUUCCACCAUCCAUGCCCAUGCAGGUGCAUAACCAGCCUUACAUGCCACCUGGGUCUAUGCCUCCCCCUGGAAUGUCUCUGCAGCAUCCUUAUGGGCAUUGAAUAUAUACCUCCUAAUGCCCUCGGUCAGUUUUUACAUUCUUCUGUCCUGCAGCAUGGGGUUUUGUAUUUUUCAAGGGUUGAUGCUCCUUCGGAAGCGUGGAUGAUGCAUGCGUCUGGUAGAAGCAUCCAUUGGGCGACUUUGCCCUAAAUAUUUGGCAAAUGUACAAGUUUGAACAGCUUGUUUGUCCUUGAAAAAUGGGUUGUGGGAGUGUGGGCUCCUUUCGCAGGCGUACGAGGGUUCAAAUUGUUCUCAUCUGUUUUACUGUAGAACUGUCAAUUAUAUACACUCCAAACUUUAUUUUGGGCUAAUUUGUUGCUUGUGAGGAAAAAAGAAAAAAAAUAUUUCAAUUCUUGCCUCCAUGUAUGAAGGGGAGUAAGUGCAUAGGUGAGGCCAAUGCCAGCCAAAUUAUCUUCGCUAGCGCAUUGUCUUGGCUGGCUGGUGCAUUGUCUACACGCACACAGAGACAGGCUUGGCUGGUGCAUUGUCUUGUAAUGUUGUUAAAGCAUGACUUAGUAGGUUUGAAUGGUUCUGCGUAUUUGAUUAUAGUUUACUAAUCAUUAUUUGAAUAAAAUAUAAUAGAAAAUUAUAUUGCA